CGCGCUCUGGCCGCGCCCCGCCCCUCCUCGUUGUCGUGGAAACGCUGGUCCGCUCUGCAGCCCGCCCCCAGGGCGGUACCCGCGCUUGCUCCUCCCAUUCUGCUUCCGCUCGGGAAAAGGCCGUUUCCGUUGCCUCCUUGGCCCGCUGCCCAGCUUCAUGGCCGUGCACCGGCCUCUGCGCGUACUGUGCCUGGCGGGAUUCCGGCAGAGUGAGCGGGGCUUCCGCGAGAAGACGGGAGCCCUGAGGAAGGCGCUGCGGGGCCGCGCCGAGCUCAUGUGCCUCAGCGGCCCACACCCGGUCCCCGAGGCCGCCGGCCCAGACUCCGGGCCUUGCCCUCUGGAGGAGCAGCUUCGAGGCUGGUGGUUUUCAGAGCAGGAGGAGCCUGUUUUCUCUGCCCUGGAAGAGCCCACAGUGUGCAGAGGUCUGGAGGAAGCCCUGGGAUCCGUGGCACACGCACUGAACAAGCUUGGGCCUUUUGAUGGGCUCCUUGGUUUCAGCCAGGGGGCUGCCUUAGCGGCCGUUUUGUGUGCCCUGGGCCAAGGGGGAGACCCCCGCUUCCCCUUGCCACGGUUUAUCAUCCUGAUAUCUGGUUUCUGUCCCCGAGUCCUUGGACUCAAGGAGCCCAUUCUGCAGGGCCCAUUGUUACUGCCUUCACUCCAUGUUUUUGGGGACACUGACCGGGUCAUCCCCUCUCAGGAGAGUAUGCAAUUGGCUAGCCAAUUCCCUGGAGCCAUCACCCUCACCCACCCUGGUGGCCACUUCAUUCCAGCUGCUGCACCCCAGCGCCAGGCCUACCUCAAGUUCUUGGAUCAGUUUGCAGAUUGAAAGAUCAACAAAUGCUCAUGUCCCUGCUUCCUCCCCUCCCAGCCCCAUUGGGACAACAUGGCCUUGGAGCAGCUUCAAUGACUUAUAAUCCUUGUCCUUCUCUUUUCCCCCACCCUGGAGCUCCCACUGCUGUUAAUGCCCCCCUCCCCCAUGAUCACAUAAAAGAUAGAUGUCAACCCCCACGAUUUUCAUUUAUAUGAGCACCACUCUGCACUCAAGAAAAGAGGAGCUGGAGGCCUUAAUGGACACGUUGAUCUCUAAUACUCAAACAUGAAAAAGACCAGUGGAACCCUGGAUGACAGGACAGUGACCUGGAAAAGCAGGGAUUGGUACCACUGUGACUACCAUACAAUAAAGUGGUGAUUUGGACUUGAGCAUCUUUUUCCUGGUAGAUGCAGAAGAACCCACUUUAUAAUAGAAGUCUUGGAUUCCUGGCCAUCUACUCAGCCUGGUUGACAACACCAGGCAAGGAGGCGUUUCCAGUUGAGCGCCCCCAGGAUGAGCUCAUGCAUGCGUGCACAAAGACACACAUUUUUGGUAGAAGUUUUAAGGCACAAACUGAAGGAAAGGAGGCCUUGGUGGCUGAAUCAGGGAAGAAUUUUUGUCUGAGAAGUUUUGGGAAGAGAGCACCAGGAAAGGCUCUUCCUGGGCCACACUGCUUUUAGGCUUCCUUUAGCCUGAUUUCUGAGAGAUCAGAGAGAUCUCAAACCCUGCUUCUUGUGUUUUCUGCUUUCUCCAUAAUUGCCCUAGCCUCUCUGAACCAUGAGCCUGAAGGGUGAGGGGGUCCCAGAUCUUGGGUAGAGGCCACAGAGCACAGAAUAAACUGCUCAACCUGAUACCAUC